AUGGCUACUACCCAAAAUGCAAAGAUCCCUCAGGCCAAGAGGAUGUUCGAUGGUGCGACGCACAAGUUGGAUGUAUGGACUAUCUUCACCCCAGCAAACGUCCCUCCAGAUGCUAUCAACUUAGGACAAGGAUUCAUGAAUUGGUCACCCCCUGAUUGGAUCACCAAAGCCCACCACGACGUAUUAGAUGAGAAUGUCAUGGCUCACCAUUACUCCCAUCCAAGAGGUAGACCAAGAUUGCUCAACGCCAUUUCUAAAUUCUAUUCACCUCAAUUCACUAAUCUCGGUGGAAGGGAGUUGAAGCAUGAGGAAAUUUUGGUAUCAGCUGGUGCUAAUGGAGGUAUGUUCGCAGCCCUCACAGCACACUGUGAACCAGGAGAAGAAGUGAUCUGUAUCGAACCAUACUUCGAUCAAUAUUACGCCUCUAUCCAUUUCCAAGGUGCCAAACCUGUAUUCGUACCCCUUCACCCACCUACAGGAGAAGGUGUCAAAGACGGUUCAGAAUGGACUUUGAACAUUGAUGAGUUCAGAGCGGCUUUCACCCCUAAAACAAAAGCGGUCAUCAUCAACACACCUCAUAAUCCAGUUGGAAAAGUUUUCACCCAGAAGGAAUUAGAGGAUAUCGCCCAAGUGUGUAUAGAGAAGAAUGUCUUGGUCAUUGCCGAUGAAGUUUACGAUUGUAUGGUUUACGAUGGAAAGAAACAUGUCAGGAUUGCUACUCUUCCUGGGAUGUGGGAGAGGACCUUGACUGUUGGUUCGGGUGGUAAAUCGUUCGCUUGUACUGGUUGGCGAAUUGGAUGGUUGAUCGGUCCCGCUCAGCUCACUUCAGCAUGUCUUGCCGCCCACUCCCGAAUCGUAUUCUCUACCAACUCGCCCAUGCAAGAAGCCGUCGCUAUAGGUUUAGAGCAAGCCAAAGAAAGACAUUUCUUCGAAGAUCAAUUGAAAGCUUACGAGGAGAGAAGGGAUAUCUUGACAUCUUACUUUGAUCAAGUCGGAUUACCUUACACCAUGCCUGAAGGAUCGUAUUUCCUCUUGGUGGAUAUAAGUAAAGUGAAAGUACCUGAGGAUUACCCCAUACCUGAGACUUGUCAGGGUAGAGGUAAAGAUUUCAAGUUCUGUUGGUGGAUUGCUCAGGAGUUGAAAGUUGUUGGAAUACCUCCUUCUGAAUUCUACUGCGAUGAACACGUUGAGAUCGGUGAACGAUUCGCUCGAUUCGCUUUCUGUAAAGAUCCAGAACUUCUCCAUGCUGCAGGAAAGAGACUUCUCAGGUUGAAAGAGUUCAUCUAA